UCAGCAGCAGCCACACCGCUUCCUCCUACCCGCCUCAUUGAUCAUCACAGCCGCUUAAGACACGCGCACACCGCAUACACCCAGACCGCCUCGCCCUCUUGGCCGCCCCCCUCUGUGUAUCUCUAGAAGAAGCAACAACAGCCGACGACGACGACGUAUACCCGUACCGCAUCACCGCCCUCCGCCCUUCCGCCCUCAUCACCGCCAACAUGGUCGACAUUCAGGAGCAAGACCAGUGGAUCUCACACCUCAGCGACUGCAAGCAGCUUUCAGAGGCGGAUAUCAAGAGGCUGUGUGACAAGGCCCGCGAGAUCCUCCUCGAAGAAUCCAAUGUCCAGCCAGUACGAUGCCCUGUAACAGUCUGUGGUGACAUCCACGGUCAAUUCCAUGACCUCUCGGAGCUGUUCCGCAUCGGAGGCAACUCCCCCGACACGAAUUAUCUCUUCAUGGGCGACUACGUAGACCGCGGCUACUACUCCGUCGAGACUGUAACCCUCCUCGUCGUCCUCAAGGUCCGCUAUCGCGAUCGCGUUACCAUCUUGAGGGGAAAUCACGAGUCGAGGCAGAUUACUCAAGUCUAUGGCUUCUAUGACGAGUGCCUAAGGAAGUACGGCAACGCGAAUGUCUGGAAGUACUUUACCGACCUGUUCGACUAUCUGCCAUUGACUGCCUUGAUCGAUGACCAGAUCUUCUGCCUGCACGGCGGUCUCUCCCCCUCGAUUGACACCCUCGACCACAUCCGCUCCAUCGACCGCAUCCAAGAAGUGCCCCACGAGGGUCCCAUGUGCGACCUCCUCUGGUCGGAUCCCGACGACCGCUGUGGGUGGGGGAUCAGCCCGCGAGGUGCAGGCUACACCUUUGGGCAGGACAUCUCAGAGGCUUUCAACCACAACAACGGGCUCACGCUCGUGGCUAGAGCGCAUCAGCUUGUCAUGGACGGAUUUAAUUGGAGCCAGGAGAGGAAUGUCGUCACAAUCUUCUCUGCGCCAAACUACUGCUAUCGAUGUGGGAACCAAGCCGCGAUCAUGGAGAUCGAUGAGAACCUCAAGUACACUUUCCUCCAGUUCGACCCAGCGCCGCGCGCCGGUGAGCCCUUGGUGUCCAGGAGGGUACCGGAUUACUUCUUGUAGACGGACAAGAAGGGGAAAAGGAAAAAGCAGGACAGUGCGGAGGGUAGAGAGGCGGAGAGAUCGGGGGUCGCGGUAGAUGAGAGACGGCAGGAACGAUGGUUUAGGAGGAGAGACGAAGGAG